AUGACAAGCCCCUUCUCAAGAAUCCUGGUCUCACCAGCCCAAUUCCACAACGCUGUGAAUUCACCCACAACUACUCGGCGGAUCAUCCCCGUGGCCGCUGGCCGGCGCGCAGUACAUACCCCCGCCUAUCAUGCCCAGCAUAUCCCUAACUCCAUCUUCUUCGACAUGGACCUCGUUAGAGAUAGCUCCUCGCCAUACCCGCAGAUGCUCCCCACCGCCUCACACUUCGCAUCCUGCGUCGCAGCCCUAGGCAUCACGAAGGACGACGUACUCGUCAUCUACGACGCCGUAGACGUGGGGAUCUACAGCUCCCCGCGCGUCGCGUGGAUGUUCAGCCUCUUCGGCCACGACGCCGUGCACGUCCUGAACAAUUUCCGGGUGUACGUGCAGCAGGGCUACCCCGUCGCCAGCGGGGAGAUGCACCCCCUCCCGUCUGUCGCCGAGUAUCCCGUUUCCCCGGUGGACGGCGACCGGGUGAUUUCGUUCGAGGAGUUGAGGGAGCUGGUGUUGGGUGGUUCGGAGGGGUUCCAGAUUGUUGACUCGAGGAUUGCGGGGCGGUUUACUGGGGAGGAGGCUGAGGCUGUGCCUGGGUUGAGUUCGGGGCAUAUGCCGCGGGCGAUCAAUGUGCCGUUGGCGGCGAUGCUGGAGGAAGACUCGAGUGAGUUUUUGUCGGUGGAGCGGUUGAGGGCUUUGUUUGAGAGGGCUGGGGUUGAUGGGCGGGUGCCGUUGGUUUUGACGUGCAAUUCGGGGGUUACGGCUGCGGCGCUGGAUUUGGCGCUGGGAGAGACGGGGUACAUGAACCCUCGGCGGAUCUACGAUGGGAGUUGGAUGGAGUGGGCUCGGAGGGUGGAUCGGCCGGAAUUGAUUGUCAAGAAUGUGCGAUGA